GCAGCCCUGGCUGACGCGCGGCUCUGCCCCACGGCCGCUGUGGGGCGGGGGCAGGCGCCGCCAUGCCCUGGGGACGCCCGCGGGGCCCCCCCGGGGCCGGGCUCUUCCUGCAGGGGGACCCCGAGCGGCUCUUCGGGGACCUGCGCGAGAUCGGCCACGGCAGCUUCGGCGCCGUCUACUUCGCGCGGGACAGGCGGACGAGCGAGGUGGUGGCCAUCAAGAAGAUGUGCUACGGCGGGAAGCAGUCCAAUGAGAAGUGGCAGGACAUCGUGAAGGAGGUGCAGCUGCUGCAGCGCCUGCGUCACCCCAACACCAUCGAGUUCAAGGGCUGUUACCUGCGCGGCCACACGGCCUGGCUGGUCAUGGAGUAUUGCCUGGGCUCGGCCUCCGACCUGCUGGAGGCGCACAAGAAGCCGCUGCAGGAGGGGGAGAUCGCGGCCAUCACGCACGGGGCGCUGCGGGGCCUGGCCUACCUGCACGGCCACGACGUCAUCCACAGGGACGUCAAAGCCGGCAACAUCCUGCUGACGGCGCCGGGCGAGGUGAAACUGGGCGAUUUCGGGUCGGCCUCCGUCGUGGCGCCGGCCAAUUCCUUCGUGGGGACGCCCUAUUGGAUGGCGCCCGAGGUGAUCCUGGCCAUGGACGAGGGUCGCUACGACGGCAAAGCCGACGUCUGGUCCUUGGGCAUCACCUGCAUCGAGCUGGCCGAGCGGAAGCCGCCCCUCUUCAACAUGAACGCCAUGAGCGCCCUGUACCACAUCGCCCAGAGCGAGGCCCCCGCGCUGCCCGAGGGACGCUGGUCGGAGCUCUUCCGCCAGUUCGUGGCCUCCUGCCUGCAGAAGCCGCCCCCCCAGCGCCCCCCCUCCCGCCUCCUCCUGCAGCACCCCUUCCUGCUCCGCCCGCGCCCCCCCGGCGUCGUCGCCCGCCUCCUGCGCCGCGCCCGCGCCGCCGCCCCUCCCCCACGCCGCCGCGGGCUGGGGGGGCUGCUCCGCGGGCCCGAUCCUGGCGGCGGCGACGAUGACGACGACGACGAGGAGGAUGAUGACGACGACGAGGAGGAGGAGGCGGAGCCGUCGGGCAGCACCGAGCGCAGCCAUUGGCCGCCCAGCGCGUCCGUCAGCGCCUCCAGCAGCGGCACCAGCCUGGGCGACGCCUCCGAGGAGGAGGAGGAGGGGCGGGGGGAGGGGGAGGAAGGCCCCGAGACCCCCCCGCUGCAGGACGGGGAGACCCUGGGCGCCCCCCACGGCCCCGACCCCCCCGACGGCCUCGGCGCCCCCCCGGCCCCGCCCCCGCCCCUCCCCCCGCUGGAGGAGGGCCUGAGGGCGGAGCUCGCCCAGCUCCGCCCCUGCCCCGCCCCCGAGAGCCCGCCCCAGGCCGACGAGGUGGGAGGGGCUUCGGAGGGUGUGGCUGGGUGGGAGGGGCUUGCGUGGGACCCCGACGGAAGAGCCGCCCGGCCGCCCCUCCCCCACCCGCCGCCGGCCCCGCCCCGCCCCGCCCCCGCCCGCCGCCGCCAGCCCCCCGGUGACGCUCCCUCCCCUCGGCCGCCCCUCCCCCCCCACCUCCUCUACUCGGCCUCGGCCUUCGUCGCCGCCCUCCGCCCGGGCUUCCCGCCCCUCCCCCUCCUCCUCCUCCUCCUCCUCCUCCUCCUCCUCGCCCUGGGCGGGGGGCUGGGGGCGGCCCUGGGCGGGCUGGGGGCGGCGCUGGAGGGCGGGGCGGCGGGUUGGGCCCUGGGCCACGCCCUCGCCCCGCUCCUGCCCCGCCUCGGGGGGGGGGCGCUGGGGGCGCUGGCGGGGGCGGGGGGCGCCGCCGGCCUGGUGGGGCUGGGGGCGCUGGGGGGGGGGCGGCGGCGGCUCCACGUGCCCGUGGUGGCGGCGGCGGCCGCGCGGCUCCUGGCCUCCCCCUGGCUCUUCCUCCCCCUCUACCUGGCGGGCGUGGUCGGGCGGGGCGUGGCCGGGCGGGGCGGGGCGGGGGGCGGGGCCCUGCCGCGCCGCGCCCAGCGCCUCUGGCUGCGGGGGGUCCUGGCCUUGCCCCCCCCCCUCUUCGGCCUCUUUUUCCGCCUGGGCUUCGCCUCCGAGCGGCGCCUUUUCCGUUUUUUCCCCAAAACGAGGAAAGGCGGCUUCCGCUCCCGCCUGCCCAUCCCCCACCGCCGCGGGGAGGGGGGCGGGGCGGGGGGCGGGGGGCGGGGCGGCCCCUCCCCCCUCCGCCGCCGCCUGGCCCUUUGGGGGCGGCGCUUGGCCGCUCUCGCCCCCCGCUUCGCCGCCGGGGGAGGGGCGGGGGGAGGGGCGGAGGGAGGGGCCCCGCCCAGCCGCAUCCCACGCCCCGCCCCCCGCCCCCCGCCCGCCGGACCCUCCCCCACCCGCCGCCAUCCGGGGGGGGCGGGGGGAGGGGCGGCGGGGACCCCCGGCCCUCCCCCGCGGCGGCCCUGGAGGUGA